GGUAAAAGUUCAAAAAUACCCACCAAGAUCUUGUGGAUUUAUUUUCUAAUAAAUAAAAUUCUUUAAAAAUAUAGCUUUGUCUAUAGAAUAUUAGCAUAGGUUUAAUCGCAGCUAAGUCCACGUAAGGAUUUCCCCUGCGAAUUCCCCUGGCAUUCUUGUCGACAAAUCGCUUCAUUAAGCAAGGACUGUGCUUUUUUACUAAAUCCAAUGCAAGUUUAUCGGAUGUGCAUGUGCUGAGUGUUAUGUGGAAGCUGUAAACUGGAGUAGUAAGAAUAUGUGAUAACCGCUCAUUGCUUGCCAUUGUUUAACUUCUCCUCUUGGUGUUAAGUGCAUAAACAUGACUUCCAUGCAGAUAUUAUUAACCAUCUUCUCUGCUAUCUGUUGUAUUAGUGGAGCUUCAGCUAGCAAUUCAACUAUAAAAUAUUACGUUUCUACUGAUCUGCAAAAUUGGUUCCAAGCGCUAAUAAAUUGCAAGAGUGCCGGCAUGGAACUUGCGGCUAUCCCAACCAGAAAGCAUCAAAAUGAUUUAUCUGAUUAUCUCAAUACAUUCGGAUACAAAGAAGGUUACUGGCUAUCCGGAAUGAACUUAGGGAACGGGAACUACUACUGGGCAUCAACCGGAUCACCUGUUAUUUAUACUAACUGGUUGCCUAAUCAGCCAGAUAAUGCUAGACUCAAUGAGAACCAUAUGCGAGGUGAAAACUGCAUUCAAUGGGGCAUAUACAAUAACUCUAAAACGUCCGCAUGGAACGAUUUGUAUUGCGGGCUAACACUGAAAUAUAUUUGCCAACAAGUGGAGACUUGUAAUUAGAUUCAAUACUGGUUUUUUGCUCCAAACUGAUUUUACGUUUCGUUGUAAUUUGCGUUUCUGAUACUGAAAUAAAUGUCCCCUUGUAUUAUAA